AUGGCGUUUACUGAGACUUGUUUAUCCGUAACACAAAAAAUGUUCAAACAAAAAAAGACUUGCAGAAAACUAUAUAGUAUACAACAUCUAUUGGCUAAAAGAAAUCGUUCAACUGUAUCACAAAACGAACCGGAAAAGUGCCUGAAGCCAGAUAUUGACAUCACGCUGUGCAAAUCUUCAAAACUUAAUGAUAAUUUCACAAGUAUUCUAAAGAGUGGUGCUCAAAUUAAUUUUGGUACUAUAUUUACAGAUCAUAUGAUUAAAAUUUACUACGAUAAACAUUCAGGUGGAUGGCAAAAACCAUACAUCACCCCUUUGGAACAUCUUAGCUUACAUCCUGCAGCCAAAGUACUCCAUUAUGCUACCGAGGUUUUCGAAGGAAUGAAAGCGUACAGAUCAGUACACGGUCAAAUGAACAUGUUCCGACCAGAGCUCAACUUGCAGAGGUUAAACGCAUCAGCUAAACGAGUAGGCCUACCAGAAAUAGACCAAGAUAUCCUACUUAAAUGUAUCGAACGUCUGGUGUCCAUCGACAACGAAUGGCUACCCGUAUCCGCACCAUUCAGUUUAUACAUCAGACCCAACCUCAUAGGCACAGAGGGUGUAUUAGGAGUAGCAAACGCAGACACAGCACUUUUAUACGUAAUUAUGUGCACAGUGGGACCAUAUUUCUCGAGCAAAUUCAAAUCUGUCAAACUGAUGGCCAACCCAAAUUUCACCCGAGCUUGGCCUGGUGGUUGCGGUGACUUCAAAUUAGGCGCCAACUAUGCCGCCACAUUAUACCCUCAAGAAUUAGCAUCGAAAUUAGGUUGUCAUCAGAUGUUAUGGUUAUUCGGCGAGGACCGACAGAUCACAGAAAUGGGUGCAAUGAACGUGUUUAUUUAUUACAAAAAUAACAAUGGCGAAAACGUAUUGUCCACGCCUCCGUUGAACGGAAUGAUAUUACCAGGCAUCACAAGACGAUCAAUACUGGAGUUGACAAGAGAAUGGAACGAAUUCCAUGUCGAAGAAAAAACUUUCACAAUGGACGAACUAAUUGAAAUGAACAGAAACAACCAAAUACUCGAAUUCUUCGCGGCCGGCACCGCGGCCGUCAUCAGUCCGGUGUCGUCCAUAUUGUACGAGGGCAAGGACAUCGUGUUGCCGACCAUGGAACAGACGACGCCGCUGUACCAGAGGCUGUACGACGCGAUCACCGACAUACAGUACGGCCGAGUACCCCAUGAGUGGUGCCGAAUAGUGGACGAAAGGCCACAUCUGUACGACUCUCGGAAUUACAAAUAUGCCAACUGAGGCGUUUAGUCGUAGCAGUUGCGGUUCGUUGAUCGUGCGCGUAGAUCGACGACGGCGCGUACCAAUAACCGUAAAUGUGACACAUAAGUUGGCAUCCGCAAACGUUUGCAAUUUCAAACCGGUUUUAUUGUUCACGAAAAAAAAAAUUUAAAAAAAUUAUAAUAUCUGUACGAUACAUUUCGAGGGGGGGAAUUCAAAUUGCUAAUAAUUAAGUACAAUUAAUCAUCAUUAAUCGUGGCAAUAAUGAUUGGCCAACAGUACCGAUAAUGUCAAACACUCGACAACAUAUUAUUUUAUAACAGUAUUAUUUUUACAAGUUGUAUAUGGAGAGGAUUUAUUUUUUUCAUUACCACUCGUUGGCGUCCACGAAGAACAACAUUACACGUGAUUUUUGUACUUUUGAAUUUCAACGAUGUCUCCCGAAUAUAUUCCUAAUUUGAGAAAUGAAUACACAGAUAAUUGUUUCCUAAUAAACUAGUGCCCACGCUA